CGACAGAUAGAAAGAUAGGAUUUUAAGGAUAAUAUAACAGUGAAAAGUCCAUCUAGAAAGACAUUUUGAAAUCUCAAGUCUGUACCUUUAAACUGAGCUGUUAUAUCAUAAGGUUCAAAGUCUAACUUGAUUUCAAAUACAGCUCUAAGAAUACCUAAAAGGUACGAGAAAAAACCCCCCAGAGAGCUGAAAAGCUGUAAUCAAUGGAAAUUCCAAUAUUUACUGUUGAUGCUUUUACCAAUGUACCUUUCAAAGGUAAUCCUGCUGCAAUAUGUCUUAUGGAGAAUGAGCUGCAAGAUGAUCUUUAUCAAAGCAUUGCUGCUGAGAUUAAUUUAUCAGAGACUGCUUUCAUCACAAGACUGAAUUCGAUGGAUUUUUCCUCAGGUGCAAAGUUUGGGUUACGCUGGUUUAGCACUAAAACUGAGGUUGCACUAUGUGGACAUGCAACACUGGCCUCAGCAGCAGUGCUCUUUUACAUUAAAAAGAAUAUCAACCCUGUUGUGGUGUUUGAGACGAUGAGUGGGGAUCUUAAGGUGCGCCAGCAUGAAGAAUCUCUAAUAAUGGACUUCCCCUUAAACAAACCAAAGCCCCAGGACCAACAUGAAAUCAAGGAUCUUUUGAAGGCUGCUGUUGGAGACUUACCCAUUCAGGAUGUGUGCUACUGUCCAUCCACAAAGAAACUAAUGAUUCGUCUAGCCGACACCUGCGACAGGUCUGAACUAAUCUCUUUGAAGCCAGAGGCAGAGACUCUUCUGAGAAAUGAGACCACUGGUAAGAUUAAAAGUCUCAUCGUUACAUUGAAAGGACCACAGACCACUCAGUCUGGAUAUGACUUCUACUCCCGUGUCUUCGCACCCUGGGUUGGUGUCCCUGAAGAUCCAGUCACUGGGUCUGCACAUACAGUCCUUGCCGGCUAUUGGUCUGAGAAGCUGGAGAAAAAGAAAAUGAUGGCUUACCAGUGUUCCAGUCGUGGUGGUGAGGUAAAGCUGCAGAUAAGAGAUGACGGUCGACUGGACAUCAUUGGUCAGGCGCAGAUCAUUCUUCAGGGAACCUUUAAAAUCUAGACAAUCUUGCACAACCAAUUAAUUGAAUUUGCAGAUAGUUUUGAUGGAAAUCAAGUGCAUUUCAUUUUCACUUUAUAUUAAUGUGAGGGUA